AUGGCACCCGAUACGCUCAAGACAAGAUCAGUUGUCGCUCGCGAAAAACGACCCGUCCAAGACAGGUUAACGCCUACUGUACUGUCUCGGGGAAACGUUUUGGGACUUGAAACUUUCUCCUGUCGCUUAAAAUCAACUUUCGUUUUUUCGGUAGUGCUCAUGAGUUUCAUUUGUACUGCGGACGGAGCCAAAAUUUUAUUUAUCCCAUCCCUCGAGUACAGCCAUUGUAAUUACAUGCGAGGCCUUGCCGAGGAGUUGGUGCGCCGAGGUCACAGCGUUACGAUGUACCUGUGCAAAGAAAUGGACUACAGGGACUGUCCCGGUCCUAACAUCGAUGUCAUAACGUACAAAUGGACCGAAUAUAAAACUAAUAUGCCGUUUAAGAAACAAAUGAACAAAGACAUCUUCGAAGGACAAUGGAAACGUCUUUUUGACCAUAUGGAGAUAAUCAAGCAUUUCUUCUGCCAGAUGAUGGAAAAUGACAUGGAAAGCAUCGAAAAUCUGCGACGGAGGCGCUUCGAUUUCGCCGUCAUCGACGGCCUCUUUUUUUCGCGAUGUUUCUAUCUCGUUCCGUACAACCUGACGAUUCCCUAUCUGAGCAUGGCCAGUGUCAUCGAAGAGCUAGACAGCGGACAGCUUAUCGCCCCAGGACUGUUUCCGAGCAAAUAUUCCGACUACACCAACGACAUGACGUUCGUCCAACGUGUUUUGAACACGCUCUAUUUCAUAGUACCGCAUAUCGCCAAAUUUUCCAAAGUCCCGACCGACACCUUUAAACUGGCACCGGGUCUAACCUCGGAGGACCUGGAAGAACUUUAUAGAAAAUCCGAACUGUUUCUCGAGAACGGCGACGUUCUCAUGAACUACCCCAAGCCGGUUCUACCUAACUACAUCCAAGUUGGAGGCUUAACAACUCGACCAGCUAAACCCCUGCCUCCUGAUCUGAGAACCUUUUUCGAUGGCGCCAAAAAUGGAGCUAUAAUCGUAUCUUUCGGAAGUGUUUUUGAAGACGACUCAAACGUGCUCACCCCAAUUCUGCUGUCGGCACUCUCACGUCUUCCGCAGAGGGUACUUUUGAAAGCGUCCGAGGAUAAGGACCUUGGUAAUAUCAAGACGGUCACAUGGCUACCCUUAAACGACGCCCUCGCACACCCCAACACGCGGCUUGUUGUCUACCACUGCGGUAACAACGGUCAUUUCGAAAGCAUCUACCACGGUAUACCCCUCGUUUGCCUGCCGAUAAUCGCUGACCAGUUCCAAAUCGCCAAACGAGUAGAACAUUUCAAGAUGGGCGUUAAGAUCGACAUCCGCAAGCUCACGGCCCAGAUCCUUGUCGACGCUAUCAAAAAAGUCCUUGAUGAUCCGGCGUAUACGCAGAGGGCGAAGAACUUCUCCAGGAUCUUUCACAGCCGGCGCAAAACUCCAGCCGAGAGGGCCGCCGAUGCUGUCGAAGACGUGAUCCAGUUCGGCGGGCAACAUUUACGAUCCCAGCAUGCGCCGAAAAACUGGUUCCUGCUUUUGCAUCUCGAUGUCUGGGUUUUUAUAUUUCUCGUUCUCCAACUGAUUUUUGUGUCGAUCGUUUGGUGCACGAGACGAUUGCUACGGCAAUGGCUACCCGAUAGUUCAACCUCGACUUUCACCAUUUUUAUGUAUAUCUCCGCGCUUCUUUCAGCGUGGGUUUACCUUUAUCUCUGA